AAUGAAAGUGAAGGUGGAUGGAAGUGGAACUCCACGCCUAAUGUUAUGUGCCAUCAGAAACAUCCCACCAGGGGAGGAAAUAUUGUAUGAUUACGGGCUAAAGGAGCUUCCUUGGAAUGGAAGCCUGCACAUCCAAACAAGUACAUGGCGCGUGUUGUUGAAGCAAGAAAAGAUGACACUGAUAAUGCAUCAAACUCUCGCAUUAUGGAUCAGAGGACUCGCCAUACUACCCACUGCAAGAUUGACAACUACCUGGAAUACGUGAAAAAAUCAAAAAGGGGUCAAUUACGAGCAAUGUGGGAGUCAGCAAUCCAGAACUAUAGAUCGGCCACUACUCUCCUUAGACCAAAGACAGAUGAACAGUGGAUCACUUCCGAGCGACAUGCUGAUUUGGCGGACAUCUACAAUUCUGAUGACUAUUUUUUCCAAGCUGUCAUGAAUAUCUUUCGUGAAGAACUCGUGGAUGUAGAUUGGCAAGGAAAAGUUUUUCUUAUGCUGAUGGAUGAAUUGCUUCAAGAUCUUGAUAGAUUUGUGACAGAUGCGGCCACAUUUGCAGCCAAUCCAUUGGUAACAUCAAGUGAGUCUGUUGAUGACAAGCCGGCAUUUGCAGAAAUACCUGUAUCUCCUGAGUCGCAUUCCUUAAGCUCAGCCGCUGGACCAUCAGAACAGUCAAACACCACACCGCCUGAUGACAUUUCUACUCGCCAUGUAGCCCCAAGAGCUGGCAGUUCGCAAACUGCACCAGACGAUUCAUGUGAGUCAGUGAUGGAUACUUGUGAUGAUGAAGCACUGGACCAUUCAUCUGCUGAGGAUCACAUUCCAGAUAAGGACAAUUGCUAUGGCCCGCGGGUAUGGUCCCUGCUCCCAAACAUGGAUGCGGCCACAUUUGCAGCCAAUCCAUUGGUAACAUCAAGUGAGUCUGUUGAUGACAAGCCGGCAGUUGCAGAAAUACCUGUAUCUCCUGAGUCGCAUUCCUUAAGCUCAGCCGCUGGACCAUCAGAACAGUCAAACACCACACCGCCUGAUGACAUUUCUACUCGCCAUGUAGCCCCAAGAGCUGGCAGUUCGCAAACUGCACCAGACGGUUCAUGUGAGUCAGUGAUGGAUACUUCCGAUGAUGAAGCACUGGACCAUUCAUCUACUGAGGAGCACAUUCCAGAGGUGGCUGCCUGUGGUGCCAGUCCUCCGGUUACAUCAAGUGAGUCUGUUGAUGAUAAGCCAGCAGUUGCAGAAAUACCUGUAUCUCCUGAGUCGCCUUCCUCAAGCUCAGCCGCUGGAUCAGAACAGUCAAACACCACACCGCCUGAUGACAUUUCUACUCGCCAUGUAGCCCCAAGAGCUGGCAGUUCGAAAACUGCACCAGGCAGUUCAUGUGUUUCAAGGAUGGAUAUAUCCGGUGAUGAAGCACUGGACCAUUCAUCUGAUGAGGACUACAUUCCAGAUGAGGAGAUGGUUUCUGAUUCAGAAUCUGAAUCACUCAGAAGUGAGAUCAUCGAUCCCUUGAAUAUGCUGCAACAAUUAAAAGCACGCAAAGAAAAGUCCAAGUUGAAGCCAAUUGAUGAGUCUCUACCAGAUAGUACUUCAGAGAAGGAGGAUGCCAACUUAGCAACCAGAAGUAAAAUCAACAAAAAAAAAUCAUCAAAAGAGUCUGCCAGUGAAAAGAAGUCCCCGGACAGUACCUCUGAUUCGAUCCUGGUGAUGGAGUGCGACAACUCUGAUAGCCGAAAGUAUGACAAGUUGCACUACUGCCCAUUUUGUUUGAAAGGCUUCAAGCUCAAGUUGACUCGUCACAUGCUCUCAGUCCAUAAGGAGGAGUCGGAAGUACAAAGAUGUGAGAUGAUAAAAGAUCAAUCAGAACGGAAUGCUCAGUUCGCAUAUCUCAGGAAUCUUGGGAAUUACCUUCACAACACUGAUGUGAUUCGCAAUGGAAAAGGGACACUUGUUGUUGCUUAUAGACCGCAAAUCUCAACACCUUACACUGACUAUGUUCCAUGUGAAUAUUGCCUGGCAUUCUAUGUCAAAUCUGACUUGUGGAAGCAUGUCCGAAGGUGUAAUAUGGCAACCAAAAAAGAGCCUCGCAAACAUUCCCGUGUUGUUGAAUCAGCCAGAAUGCUGCUGCCGUCAGCACCAGGAGUUUCUGAGGGUGUGAAGGAAAUUCUCUGUUCUUUGUCCCAUGAUGAAGUGUCAAGGGUGGUGAAAAGUGACCAGUUGAUCCUUAAAUUAGCAAACAAACUAUACAAGAAACAAGGUCAUGAUAGGGACCAGUUUUCAGCAAUGCGAAAUACUCUUCGGGAAGUUGCGAGGCUGUUGAUUAAUUUGCGUAUAGAAAGUGAUCAACCCUCCGCUACACUUUCCAAUUUCAUUUGUACAACGAAGUUCGACCUGAUUGUUAUCUCUGCUUUGAAUGUAUCGGGGUUUAAUCCAACUGACCAUUCCAUGAGGACACCAUCGCUUGCAUUGAAGAUCGGACAUUCUCUUAAAAAGUGUGCCAAGUUGAUGAAAAGAGACGCUUUAAGUGCUGGUGACAAAACAGAAACCGAGAGGUGUCAAAACUUCAUUGAAAUGUAUGAGGAAAACUGGACAGAUGAUGUAUCCACUCAUGCCUUGCGCCAACUUGGAGAAUUGAAACGCAAUAAGGUCAAGCUAAUUCCACUAACUAGUGACUGUGCUCUGUUGACCAAGCAUCUGAAAGAUGUUGCCACAAAAGCACUUGCGAAACUCGAGGCUCUUGAAGAUGUGAAGAACUCGUGGCGUGAGCUCAUUGAGGCAACUCUCACACAGGUGAUUCUAUUCAACAGAAGAAGACAAGGCGAAGUUUCUAAGAUGAAACUAGAAGACUUCAAGCAACUACAUCAAACAGGACAAGAAGACAUUACUGGGUCAUUGUCACCUCUGGAACAAAAACUAUCGAAGAUUCUGAGGAGAGUUGAAAUAGUAGGCAAGCGCGGAAGGACUGUGCCAGUUCUUCUCACUGCACAUAUGACAAAGUGCAUAGAGAAAUCGAUUGAGACCCGUACACUUGCUGGUGUCAGUCCAUCAAAUCAGUUCAUAUUUGCUUGUUCCAACAGAAGUUCAGAAGGGCAUAUUAGAGGUAGUGACACGCUACGAGAUUUUAGCACUUCCUGUGGGGCAAAAUACCCUGACUUGCUGAAAUCAACGAAGUUGCGAAAACAAAUCGCAACACUGUCACAGAUUCUCAAUCUUAAGGAAAAUGAACUGGAUAUUCUUGCGAACUUCUUGGGUCAUGACAUUCGCGUGCACAGAGAAUUUUAUCGCCUUCCAGAUGAAACUCUACAGACAGCCCGAGUGUCAAAACUUCUCAUUGCAAUGGAAAGCGGAAACUUCAGUACUCACCAGGGGAAAAGUUUGGAAGAAAUCGUUGUAAAUCCGGAAGAGGAAGUUGAACUUGAUGCAGAGCAAAGUGAAGGUGAAGAUGUCAGUGACAGUGAAGGAGAAGGAGAAGUAGAAGCUGCAAAUGGAGGAGAGUUGGUCAAAAAGCGUGGCAAAUGUCGACAGAAAAGAAAUCACUUACAACCAUCAGGUCAGAAGAAUGAUCCAUGGACAGACCAGCAGAGGGUAGCUGCCAGCCAGUUCUUCAAACUGGAUGUCAUCCGUGGCAAGAUGCCAGGAAAAAGGCAAAUUGAGAUUGCCCAGGAAAAGGAGCCAUGUUUAAGGACAAGAAGUUGGCGAAAUAUCAAGGAUUUUGUACGGUACCAGAUUACUUCCAAAAAGAAGGCUGCAUUGUUUUAGCGUAGAUGGAAUUUUAUUUGGCGUUAGAGAAACUGUCUGACCUUACAUUUGUUGUAGGAUACUUCAGGCAAACUGGUUCAGUUUGGUUUUUCUUGUUGCCAUAUUGUCACCCAGAAGAAUGGCUUCUAUGAGUUCUAUGAUUACAGUACACUCUAAUACAUGGAGAAUUGUUCUAAAAUGAUAUGCAUCUGAUCAGGUGGAGAUACCAAUCAGGUACACCAAUGGUUUACUCCACAAAAUGGCCAUUGUGUACACAGUACAAUGCACGAAGUUGUGCAGGUUUUGUGUAAUUAUGAGUCAUUCAGUUUGUUCAAGGGCCUCGCCACCUAAGGUGACCUAUCCUUGUAAGCAAAGGUUCAUUGAACCUAUACAGGGUGUCCCGGAAAAAAUGCACAUGCAUACUUCCCAAAGAAUGAGCCCUACAUCAAUGGUACCAUCGGAUGGAGAAUCUUUUUGAAAGAAAAAUGAGACCAAGAAAGCUUGAUUUGGUCAAGUGGUUCCCAUAUGACAGCCAUUUUUGUGAACCAAUGUCGAGACCUUUUGUUACAAGUAAUCCUAUGGUAUUAUUCCUAAAUAAUCCUUUGAAUGAGGGGAUUAAAUGUUAUGUAACCAUUGUCACAAAACAUCUGAUUGUUCAAUGGGACUCUAGUAAUCUUUGCUGCUCCUAAAAUGAAGCGAAGAUGGUCCAGCCUCAGUAUGAGGUCAUUUAGCAUUAUCAUCAUGCAUCAGACUGAUGUUAGAAAAAUUAGAGAUUUUAAUCAAAAACACCCAAACCUUACUUCACAAAACUGAAGAUUCCUCGAAAAUUACUGGACUGAAUUGAGCUAUCUAGGUCUCAUUAGCUCACCUCUUAGCAGAGGUGAGCUUAUCCCAUACCGUGGCGUCCGUCGUCCGUCGUCGUCGUCGUCGUCGUCGUCGUCGUCGUCGUCGUCGUCGUCGUCCGUCGUCCGUUAGCAGGGCACGUUUCGUAACUGUUAGAGCUAUUGAGUUGAAACUUGGUACACAUGUACCCUUAUGUAAUGACACCUUGGAGACCAAGUUUCGGUCCGAUUCGUUUCAUGGUUUGGCCACCAGGGGGCCAAACGUUAAAAGUGAAAAUAUGCAAUAUCUCCCUUAAUAGUAGUCGGGAAAUUUUGAAAAAAAUAUGGUAGGUACUUCUAGCGAAGGUGCAUCAUAUAUCCUCCGGGUUUUUGAUUUGACCUCCUUUUCAAGGUCACAGAGGUCAAAUGGUGUAAAUUGGCCGUUAGGAUGAAACGAUGGCACGUUUCUAAACUGCAAUGACUAUUGAUACCAAAUUUGGUACACAUUUACCCCUUAGUCAGGUGAUCUCAGGGACCUAAGUUUGGUCCAAUAUGAUUCACCACUUGACCACCAGGGGGCAAAAUCCAAAAACCUUAAAAAUGUGAUUAUUCCUUAACUUCUUGCCCGAUUGCCACCAAUUUGAUAUCAUGGGUACAUCUAACCACCAUACAGUAUAUGUCACACAGGUUUUUAAUUUGACCUUCUUGUCAAGGUCACAGAGGUCAAAUGGCGUAAAUUCGCCGUCAGGCCGUAACUAUGGCACGUUUCUUAACUGCAAUGACUAUUGAUCACAAAUUAAGUACACAUGUACCCCUUGGUCAGGUGAUCUCAGGUACUGAAGUUUGGUGCGAUCUGAUUUGCCGUUUGGCCUCCAGGGAGGGGGCCAAAUCCUAAAUUCUUCAAAAUGCCAUUAUUCCUAGUAAUGACUUGCCCGAUUGGCACCAAUUUUAUAUCAUAGGUACAUCUAAUUCUAACAACCAUUCAAUGUGUCACCCGGGUCUUCUUUGAUUUGACCUACUUUUCAAGGUCACAGAGGUCGAAUGUACUGUAAAUUGGCCAUUUUGGGGAAAUUGUAAUUGCUUGGACCUACAUCAAACCUAACACUACAUGACACAAUACCAUGCUCUUUAUCCAUCUUUCCUCCACAUGAGGUGAGCACAAUGGCCCUGGCCAUUUCAUUUUUCUUUUAGAAUGAUUCUCUAGCUGAUGGUACUAUUGAGUUAGAGCUCUUUUUAUUGGAAGUAUGCUUGUGCAUUUUUUGGGACACCCUGUAUGGCUGUACUGUGAAGGUUAUCCCAUAUCUUGUACUGAAUCUAAGUUCAUACAUUUGUAGAAUGUCUACGGUUUGUCUGGCAAAAUUCAAGACCUAAUGUAUCAUGUUUAAUCCCUGGACGAAAAUGUUGUUUUCUUCGGCUGAGAUGCUCUUGUGCCGACUCUUCCCAUACAGCCUCAUUUUUGUUAGACAAGACCUUAUUAUCUUUCAGUCCACAAAUUGAACUCAACCUGCAUAUUCAUGUACUGUAAACCAGGAAAAUUUUGUGUUUAAUUUAUUUUGUGAUUAAUUUGAUGGUAUUUGCAGUCGGCACUGAUCCGCAGACUGAAGUAUGCUGCAAAUAUUCUUCCACUCAUUCUACAAAGCAUUCAUGGGCCAUCUGUCUGGGCUCAAAAUUGGAGAAUCCGCAAAAAAAAUUAUGCAAAAUUCCUGGGUAACAGUAUUAAUUGACGUUGCAUUUGUAAAGCACUUGUUGUUCGGCAUGUAGGUUGAAAUGAAUGUUGAGUUUCGGAAAGUAAGUUGUGACCACCACUGCUCCACUGCUCCACCUAUAAACAGAUUUCUGUCCAUGUGCCCUUCAGUCAUGGUAGCCAGCUAUAUCAAGGAGGCAUAUAAAGCUGCCUGAAAGUCAUUCAGACAAUGGACUGUUGCAACAAAAUACCAAGAAUACCAUUUUCCUUGUGAUAGGCUGUCUAUGAGUUUAACCCCUGUUAGAAUCAGCUACGCUUGAAUUUAUUUUGAAAACUUUCCAUGUCUGAACAUUGAACUCCAAUGCCAAAUUUCUGCAGAUAUUCCAUUGCUUCAUUUGAACAGCAUACACAACGAGGCAUCAGAGGAAGCACGUGGUCCCACUGGGAUAUCAAAGUUUCCAUGGUCAUGAUUCAUGUAGUUGAAGGUUAGUCCUAAUGGUGUUGAGGCAGUCAUAAUCACAUGGGUUUCAUUAACACUGCAAGUUCCAUGACGUCAUAAUUCUCUACUGACAUCAUAUCCAGGCUGCCGAUCAGCGCCUGGCUACACCCUGACGUUAUUUCCCAUUGUGGCGGUUACCAUGGCGGUGAUUCUACCCGCUUGCUUCUUGGACCCAAUUUUACAACAUUAUUUGCACAAAAUUGCAACUUGUUUACUUGUAAUAAAUUCUCAGAAUAGGACGUUCUGUACCUUGCUUAUAAUGAAAUAUACCUGCGUGGUUAAUGGAAUUUUUCCUUGCCUUAGGAAGCUUAAAUCGUGGACCAAAGUCUCGACCAAAACUUUGGAGUGCUGACGUUUAUAAUUAUUGGCUCCCCAUGUUGUUUCACAACAGCUGGGGCCAACUUUUUUCAUCUUCCCAAGGGAGCACACAGCCAAAGCACACCAAGUUUUUACUUAAAGAAAGUUUAGAAAAAUUAUCCAACAAAAUUGAUGCUUGGGAAUUGAUCUAGUAUUCACUAUGAAAAUUGCUUAAAAAUUUGUAAGCAAAUUUUGGAGAAAAUCAACUUUCUUGACUUUGUGUACAUUUUCAUGUACAUUUAUGCACAUGUAAACUGUUCCAACAAACUUCCUUUGUUUUCCCUGACAAAUUACUUUUGGUGGCAAAACUUCACAUCAACCUGCUCUUCAGGUCUCUUGGCAAGGUAAUAUGUGACCCGCAAUGGCAAAACCAUACUUAAGUCGCUCUGAACUUGGCAGGGUGAGACGGACUGGUUGUUCGUUUCCCUGUUGUCGUCCUUUUGUGAAACCUGACUACACUAAAUCUGGCUCAGAUUUCACAUAUGAUGAGAAACGUUAGGCAGCCAUCCUUCAUAAAAACGCCUUCAUAGCUCAGAGAGUAAGACCGUCAGAUUGUAACCAGAACUUCCCCAGUUCAAGUCCCAUUAGAACCUUUUGAAUUUCAGAAUCUCUUCCAGAAUUCCCACCAAUGAUCUGCAUUGCCCUGUGGCUUGGUUGUUUUUGGAAUCAAUUGCAUCGAGCCUUUGGGUUCCGUCCCUCUUUCUGGUAGUCUUCCAUAGGGUGUUUUAGGCAUUUGCAUUGCUAUUUCUUAUUUUUGACGUAUAGAGUGCUCUGGUUUUGUGUAUAGGGCCUACUAAUACAGUUCUGUGUUACUAAUACCUCUUUUUUAUGCAUAUAUUGCAUCAGUUGUGAUGUCCUGCACUGCGGUGUAAAUUGUAUGCUUGUUACAUUGUUAGUAUGUUACUGUAAUUAUGUGUUUGAAUACUAAUAAGUAUUCCCAUAUUUUUUGAAUUUUGUUUGGAUAACGAAAAGGUCCCAGUAGGAUCCGUUUCUCAUGUGUACUCUUGUGUGAUGAAAGUUUAGUUGAGGUGUGACUUCAGUUAGAAAACAAAAUACAGAAGUGAUGAAAUCACUGGUGAUUAUUUACAUUAUGUUUUACAUGUAUAUGGUUUGAAUUGGGCUUACUUAGUUUAUGUCAAAUACAGUUGGAAGUUUGGUUUAUCAUACACAUGUUUCUUAAAUGUAGGAUUUGAAAGUACAUGUAAAUUUUUUUGUUUUUUGUUUUAUGUAUCAUCCUGAAAUCUAUUCAAUAUGGACAUCAUGUCGAAUGGGGACAUCCCCAUUUGGUGAAUGGCAUGAUUAGCAUCCUUUACUCACUCUGAAACCACAUACAUGUAUAAGGUGGCAGUCAGGGACACCCAUAUGUCAUUACAAAUGGGGACAAACAAAAACAGUACAUUUUGUCCCCAUUUGUAUUGGGUAGUAUGGUUGUGCCCGCUGUAACACCCAUAAGCAAGGACUUAAUUUCUGCCCUAUCUCUUUGGGGUAUUUUUGUGUUUCACUGUAGAGCAUGUACAAGUCCCGUUUGGACGUCCCAUUUGGCGGGUGGUCACUUUAGGUAUGGAUAAUUAGGAGUGCUGUUUUGUAGUAUUUUGAAGCAAUUUGACAUCAGUGGUAAAUAGAUAAUUUGAAAUAAUUCAUUUUGAAACGCAAAGUGUAUGUGCAUCGUUCGGUUUGCAACCAAUCGCACAAUUCAAGUAUAUCUUCAUACUGUCAUGACUGUAUCCUCAUGUUUGUACAUGGUGAAGUUAGACACGCCCCCAAAUGCUGAGAAGUCAACCUGUUAAGUUAUCUGAUUGGCCCCCACACAAGCCAAGGUCCGCAUUGAGAUUGCCCAGGAAAAGGAGCCAUGUUUAAGGACAAGAAGUUGGCGAAAUAUCAAGGAUUUUGUACGGUACCAGAUUACUUCCAAAAAGAAGGCUGCAUUGUUUUAGCGUAGAUGGAAUUUUAUUUGGCGUUAGAGAAACUGUCUGACCUUACAUUUGUUGUAGGAUACUUCAGGCAAACUGGUUCAGUUUGGUUUUUCUUGUUGCCAUAUUGUCACCCAGAAGAAUGGCUUCUAUGAGUUCUAUGAUUACAGUACACUCUAAUACAUGGAGAAUUGUUCUAAAAUGAUAUGCAUCUGAUCAGGUGGAGAUACCAAUCAGGUACACCAAUGGUUUACUCCACAAAAUGGCCAUUGUGUACACAGUACAAUGCACGAAGUUGUGCAGGUUUUGUGUAAUUAUGAGUCAUUCAGUUUGUUCAAGGGCCUCGCCACCUAAGGUGACCUAUCCUUGUAAGCAAAGGUUCAUUGAACCUAUACAGGGUGUCCCGGAAAAAAUGCACAUGCAUACUUCCCAAAGAAUGAGCCCUACAUCAAUGGUACCAUCGGAUGGAGAAUCUUUUUGAAAGAAAAAUGAGACCAAGAAAGCUUGAUUUGGUCAAGUGGUUCCCAUAUGACAGCCAUUUUUGUGAACCAAUGUCGAGACCUUUUGUUACAAGUAAUCCUAUGGUAUUAUUCCUAAAUAAUCCUUUGAAUGAGGGGAUUAAAUGUUAUGUAACCAUUGUCACAAAACAUCUGAUUGUUCAAUGGGACUCUAGUAAUCUUUGCUGCUCCUAAAAUGAAGCGAAGAUGGUCCAGCCUCAGUAUGAGGUCAUUUAGCAUUAUCAUCAUGCAUCAGACUGAUGUUAGAAAAAUUAGAGAUUUUAAUCAAAAACACCCAAACCUUACUUCACAAAACUGAAGAUUCCUCGAAAAUUACUGGACUGAAUUGAGCUAUCUAGGUCUCAUUAGCUCACCUCUUAGCAGAGGUGAGCUUAUCCCAUACCGUGGCGUCCGUCGUCCGUCGUCGUCGUCGUCGUCGUCGUCGUCGUCGUCGUCGUCGUCGUCGUCGUCGUCCGUCGUCCGUUAGCAGGGCACGUUUCGUAACUGUUAGAGCUAUUGAGUUGAAACUUGGUACACAUGUACCCUUAUGUAAUGACACCUUGGAGACCAAGUUUCGGUCCGAUUCGUUUCAUGGUUUGGCCACCAGGGGGCCAAACGUUAAAAGUGAAAAUAUGCAAUAUCUCCCUUAAUAGUAGUCGGGAAAUUUUGAAAAAAAUAUGGUAGGUACUUCUAGCGAAGGUGCAUCAUAUAUCCUCCGGGUUUUUGAUUUGACCUCCUUUUCAAGGUCACAGAGGUCAAAUGGUGUAAAUUGGCCGUUAGGAUGAAACGAUGGCACGUUUCUAAACUGCAAUGACUAUUGAUACCAAAUUUGGUACACAUUUACCCCUUAGUCAGGUGAUCUCAGGGACCUAAGUUUGGUCCAAUAUGAUUCACCACUUGACCACCAGGGGGCAAAAUCCAAAAACCUUAAAAAUGUGAUUAUUCCUUAACUUCUUGCCCGAUUGCCACCAAUUUGAUAUCAUGGGUACAUCUAACCACCAUACAGUAUAUGUCACACAGGUUUUUAAUUUGACCUUCUUGUCAAGGUCACAGAGGUCAAAUGGCGUAAAUUCGCCGUCAGGCCGUAACUAUGGCACGUUUCUUAACUGCAAUGACUAUUGAUCACAAAUUAAGUACACAUGUACCCCUUGGUCAGGUGAUCUCAGGUACUGAAGUUUGGUGCGAUCUGAUUUGCCGUUUGGCCUCCAGGGAGGGGGCCAAAUCCUAAAUUCUUCAAAAUGCCAUUAUUCCUAGUAAUGACUUGCCCGAUUGGCACCAAUUUUAUAUCAUAGGUACAUCUAAUUCUAACAACCAUUCAAUGUGUCACCCGGGUCUUCUUUGAUUUGACCUACUUUUCAAGGUCACAGAGGUCGAAUGUACUGUAAAUUGGCCAUUUUGGGGAAAUUGUAAUUGCUUGGACCUACAUCAAACCUAACACUACAUGACACAAUACCAUGCUCUUUAUCCAUCUUUCCUCCACAUGAGGUGAGCACAAUGGCCCUGGCCAUUUCAUUUUUCUUUUAGAAUGAUUCUCUAGCUGAUGGUACUAUUGAGUUAGAGCUCUUUUUAUUGGAAGUAUGCUUGUGCAUUUUUUGGGACACCCUGUAUGGCUGUACUGUGAAGGUUAUCCCAUAUCUUGUACUGAAUCUAAGUUCAUACAUUUGUAGAAUGUCUACGGUUUGUCUGGCAAAAUUCAAGACCUAAUGUAUCAUGUUUAAUCCCUGGACGAAAAUGUUGUUUUCUUCGGCUGAGAUGCUCUUGUGCCGACUCUUCCCAUACAGCCUCAUUUUUGUUAGACAAGACCUUAUUAUCUUUCAGUCCACAAAUUGAACUCAACCUGCAUAUUCAUGUACUGUAAACCAGGAAAAUUUUGUGUUUAAUUUAUUUUGUGAUUAAUUUGAUGGUAUUUGCAGUCGGCACUGAUCCGCAGACUGAAGUAUGCUGCAAAUAUUCUUCCACUCAUUCUACAAAGCAUUCAUGGGCCAUCUGUCUGGGCUCAAAAUUGGAGAAUCCGCAAAAAAAAAUUAUGCAAAAUUCCUGGGUAACAGUAUUAAUUGACGUUGCAUUUGUAAAGCACUUGUUGUUCGGCAUGUAGGUUGAAAUGAAUGUUGAGUUUCGGAAAGUAAGUUGUGACCACCACUGCUCCACUGCUCCACCUAUAAACAGAUUUCUGUCCAUGUGCCCUUCAGUCAUGGUAGCCAGCUAUAUCAAGGAGGCAUAUAAAGCUGCCUGAAAGUCAUUCAGACAAUGGACUGUUGCAACAAAAUACCAAGAAUACCAUUUUCCUUGUGAUAGGCUGUCUAUGAGUUUAACCCCUGUUAGAAUCAGCUACGCUUGAAUUUAUUUUGAAAACUUUCCAUGUCUGAACAUUGAACUCCAAUGCCAAAUUUCUGCUGAUAUUCCAUUGCUUCAUUUGAACAGCAUACACAACGAGGCAUCAGAGGAAGCACGUGGUCCCACUGGGAUAUCAAAGUUUCCAUGGUCAUGAUUCAUGUAGUUGAAGGUUAGUCCUAAUGGUGUUGAGGCAGUCAUAAUCACAUGGGUUUCAUUAACACUGCAAGUUCCAUGACGUCAUAAUUCUCUACUGACAUCAUAUCCAGGCUGCCGAUCAGCGCCUGGCUACACCCUGACGUUAUUUCCCAUUGUGGCGGUUACCAUGGCGGUGAUUCUACCCGCUUGCUUCUUGGACCCAAUUUUACAACAUUAUUUGCACAAAAUUGCAACUUGUUUACUUGUAAUAAAUUCUCAGAAUAGGACGUUCUGUACCUUGCUUAUAAUGAAAUAUACCUGCGUGGUUAAUGGAAUUUUUCCUUGCCUUAGGAAGCUUAAAUCGUGGACCAAAGUCUCGACCAAAACUUUGGAGUGCUGACGUUUAUAAUUAUUGGCUCCCCAUGUUGUUUCACAACAGCUGGGGCCAACUUUUUUCAUCUUCCCAAGGGAGCACACAGCCAAAGCACACCAAGUUUUUACUUAAAGAAAGUUUAGAAAAAUUAUCCAACAAAAUUGAUGCUUGGGAAUUGAUCUAGUAUUCACUAUGAAAAUUGCUUAAAAAUUUGUAAGCAAAUUUUGGAGAAAAUCAACUUUCUUGACUUUGUGUACAUUUUCAUGUACAUUUAUGCACAUGUAAACUGUUCCAACAAACUUCCUUUGUUUUCCCUGACAAAUUACUUUUGGUGGCAAAACUUCACAUCAACCUGCUCUUCAGGUCUCUUGGCAAGGUAAUAUGUGACCCGCAAUGGCAAAACCAUACUUAAGUCGCUCUGAACUUGGCAGGGUGAGACGGACUGGUUGUUCGUUUCCCUGUUGUCGUCCUUUUGUGAAACCUGACUACACUAAAUCUGGUUCAGAUUUCACAUAUGAUGAGAAACGUUAGGCAGCCAUCCUUCAUAAAAAAGCCUUCAUAGCUCAGAGAGUAAGACCGUCAGAUUGUAACCAGAACUUCCCCAGUUCAAGUCCCAUUAGAACCUUUUGAAUUUCAGAAUCUCUUCCAGAAUUCCCACCAAUGAUCUGCAUUGCCCUGUGGCUUGGUUGUUUUUGGAAUCAAUUGCAUCGAGCCUUUGGGUUCCGUCCCUCUUUCUGGUAGUCUUCCAUAGGGUGUUUUAGGCAUUUGCAUUGCUAUUUCUUAUUUUUGACGUAUAGAGUGCUCUGGUUUUGUGUAUAGGGCCUACUAAUACAGUUCUGUGUUACUAAUACCUCUUUUUUAUGCAUAUAUUGCAUCAGUUGUGAUGUCCUGCACUGCGGUGUAAAUUGUAUGCUUGUUACAUUGUUAGUAUGUUACUGUAAUUAUGUGUUUGAAUACUAAUAAGUAUUCCCAUAUUUUUUGAAUUUUGUUUGGAUAACGAAAAGGUCCCAGUAGGAUCCGUUUCUCAUGUGUACUCUUGUGUGAUGAAAGUUUAGUUGAGGUGUGACUUCAGUUAGAAAACAAAAUACAGAAGUGAUGAAAUCACUGGUGAUUAUUUACAUUAUGUUUUACAUGUAUAUGGUUUGAAUUGGGCUUACUUAGUUUAUGUCAAAUACAGUUGGAAGUUUGGUUUAUCAUACACAUGUUUCUUAAAUGUAGGAUUUGAAAGUACAUGUAAAUUUUUUUGUUUUUUGUUUUAUGUAUCAUCCUGAAAUCUAUUCAAUAUGGACAUCAUGUCGAAUGGGGACAUCCCCAUUUGGUGAAUGGCAUGAUUAGCAUCCUUUACUCACUCUGAAACCACAUACAUGUAUAAGGUGGCAGUCAGGGACACCCAUAUGUCAUUACAAAUGGGGACAAACAAAAACAGUACAUUUUGUCCCCAUUUGUAUUGGGUAGUAUGGUUGUGCCCGCUGUAACACCCAUAAGCAAGGACUUAAUUUCUGCCCUAUCUCUUUGGGGUAUUUUUGUGUUUCACUGUAGAGCAUGUACAAGUCCCGUUUGGACGUCCCAUUUGGCGGGUGGUCACUUUAGGUAUGGAUAAUUAGGAGUGCUGUUUUGUAGUAUUUUGAAGCAAUUUGACAUCAGUGGUAAAUAGAUAAUUUGAAAUAAUUCAUUUUGAAACGCAAAGUGUAUGUGCAUCGUUCGGUUUGCAACCAAUCGCACAAUUCAAGUAUAUCUUCAUACUGUCAUGACUGUAUCCUCAUGUUUGUACAUGGUGAAGUUAGACACGCCCCCAAAUGCUGAGAAGUCAACCUGUUAAGUUAUCUGAUUGGCCCCCACACAAGCCAAGGUCCGCAUGCAAUGACGCCAAGGGUUGGGCGAUGAAAUGGCAAGAUGGCAUUGACAUGAUUGAGGCCAUUCAACAAACACCUUUCUUUGUCAUUGUUUGCAGUGUCAAAUGGGGACCACAGCCCACCUGGUCCUGUCAAUCUUGGGACGUCCCCAAUUGGCGAAUGGCAAUAUCGGCACCCUUUAAACUCAUAUCACCGUGUAAAAGUACGUCACCAUUUGGCUUAAUACAGUCCCCAUUUGUCCAGUGUGGGUUCAACACAUACAAGGUGAGGGUCCCCAUUUGGCCGGAUAGCACAGAUUGCCAAAUGGGGACGUCCCCGUUCGACACCAUAUACAUGAAUGCCAUGGUAUUGGGGGUGUGUCCUAACUUCACCUUACAACAGGAGGAUACCAUGUAUUUGUGUAUAUGCUGUAUCAAUUACAUGUUAGCUGAGCAACCUUGCAAUUCUCUGUUUCUAUUGUUGCUGUUGUAGUAUUUUGAUUAGUCUGUCAUGUCUUUGAAACAAUUCAUAUCCAGGUUAACAUGAAUAAUCAUACUUUUAUGUUGGUGGUCCAUUCUUCUCCAAGAAUCACCUGUCAGUGAUCUCUGUUCAUUCAUCUUGAUCCAUUUUUCAGCUCAUCUUAGUGUUCAUGGUGUUAAUUUUAAUUGAAUAAA